CUUUUCGGGAACUCGCACCAAGUGGUCAGCCAAGUGGCGGCGACGCAACUCGGUCAAGCGGAACAGCAGCUUCCCAUCUCGUCGUGCGACGGUGUCGCCGCAGUCGCCAUCCGCUUCGCGCCCACCACCACCACUUGCAAUGUCACUGCGGGCCCUUGCAUCGAGCAGCGCGUCCGACAGCGACGACCACGCGGCGCGCACGCGCAUCAUCCUCCUCGUGGCCACGGGCGUCAUCCUGCUCAUCCUACUCGGCUACCUCCUCUGCCGCCGCCGCCGCGCCAAGACCACGGACGCGAGCUUCAACGAGGGCGAUCGGUACGCGAUUGAAGACUCGUCGGCGCUCAACACGCUGACCGCCUUUCCGCCGCUGGACCCGGCGAUAUUGCCGUUCAAGAUUGAGUUUGAGCGGCUGCUCUACACGCGCAAGCUCGCGAGCGGUGCGUUCGGCGAGGUCUGGCUCGGCCAGCUCGAUGGCACGUCGGUCGCGAUCAAGCAAAUCCUACCCGAACGGCGCCACGACCCGGUCGAGAUCAAGUGCUUCCUCGCCGAGAUUGGGCUCAUGGCGCCGCUGACGCACCCGAAUAUUUUGACGCUGGUCGGGUUUUCGUGGAGCCCCGAGUACAAUUUGUGCUUUGCGACCGAGUACUUGAAGCAUGGCGACCUCUUCAGCUGCCUCAACCGCCUCCACGACGCGUGGUCCUGGCCCAUCGAGCGCCUCCAGAUCGCACUCGGCGUCGCAAGAGGGCUCGUGUACCUCCACGCGCGGACGCCAAAGGUCAUCCACCGCGACCUCAAGAGCCGCAACAUCCUCCUCGACGAUCGCUUCCAAGCCAAGAUCACCGACUUUGGCGUCUCUCGGACGCGUGCAUUUGAGGAGACGAUGACCGCCGGCGUCGGGACCGCGCUCUGGGCCGCCCCCGAAGUGUUUCUCGGCCGGCGCUACGACGACAAGGCCGACGUCUACUCGUUUGGCAUUGUCCUCUCGGAGCUCGACACGGGCAACAUUCCGUUUGUCGACCACCCGGUGUUUGCGAAUGGGCGCAAGGUCGACCCGACCACGGUGCUCAAGCUCGUGACGAUGGAGCACGCGACGCCGUCGUUCUCCCCGUCGUGUCCCGCGGCCAUCGAGGCGCUCGCGAAGCGCUGCCUCUCGUUUGAGCCGAGCCAGCGACCGUCGGCCGACGACAUUGUCACCUACCUCGCGCACGCCGAGACCCACGUCUUUGCUUUUUAAGCGAUGCUAACUUAUAUCUUGAUCCGCUGCCGACUACACUACGCUGUUGUUGAAAUGAGUUAUCAACAUGCAAUUAUAUAGUGAAGAUGGUGGACUUCCUAGUG